AUGGGAUCCGGCAGGUUUGUGCUGCACUACGGCCUUGCUUGUAUGUUUCUUGUCCUCCAUCCCGCCUAUGGAGACUUCAGCUACUCUAUUCCCGAGGAGUUGAAACGUGGAUCUGUAAUUGGAAAUAUCGCUAAAGACCUGGGACUUGAUUUGGGGAGACUGUCUUCUCGCAAGGCUCGUAUCGAUACGGAGGAUGACAACGUUAAGUAUUGCGGAGUCAAUCUCAAUACCGGAGACUUGAUUGUUCAAGAAAGGAUCGACAGAGAAGGGCUUUGUGGGAAAAAGGCAUCAUGUGUUUUAAAACAAGAACUUGUAUUAGAAAAUCCAUUAGAGCUGCACCGUAUUAACAUCCGCGUUCAAGAUAUCAAUGAUAAUUCACCGCAGUUUAAAGAGGAUUCAUUUAAGAUUGAAAUCCACGAAAUGGCAGACAAGGGUGCACGUUUUCUUCUCGGAGAGGCACACGAUGGAGACAUCGGAGAAAAUUCUGUUCAAGGAUUCUCACUUCAGCAGAAUGAUCACUUUAAACUAAAUGUGAACACGAAAUCUGGUGGACGAAAGUACUGCGAAUUAGUCUUAGACAAAGAAUUAGACAGAGAAGAUAAAAAAGAGAUGAAGCUCUUGCUUACCGCAUUUGACGGUGGCUCUCCUCAGAGAUCAGGCACUGUAGUCAUUCACGUCACUGUGCUGGAUGCUAAUGAUAAUGUACCAGUGUUUAGCCAGUCCGUCUAUAAAGCCAGUCUGCCUGAAAACUCUCUUCUCGAUACUGUUGUACUCACAGUGAGUGCUACUGAUGCAGACGAGGGAGUGAAUAGUGAAAUUACCUAUGAAUUUGAUCAUGUCUCAGGUAAAGAUAGUAAUGUAUUUUUGUUACAUUCCAAAACGGGGGAGGUAAGAGUCGCUGGAGCUAUUGAUUAUGAAAAAGUGUCAUCUUAUGAAAUGCAGAUAAGCGCAAAAGAUGGUCUGGGAUUAGUUUCAUAUGCAACAUUAGUUAUUGAUAUUACUGAUGUGAAUGACAAUGCACCAGUUAUUUACCUGAAGUCCUUGACUAACCCCAUACCUGAGAAUGUGUCACCUGGUACAGAGGUGGGCAUCAUUAACGUGCAGGACAGAGACUCUGAGAAUAACAGACAGGUCCGCUGCUCCAUUCAACAAGGCGCCCCUUUUAUUUUAGUCCCUUCUAUUAAAAACUAUUAUUCUCUGGUGACUACAGGACAACUGGACCGUGAACUAGUGUCUGAUUACAACAUUACAAUCACUGCCACUGACGAGGGCUCUCCACCUCUGUCCUCCUCUAAAACUGCUCAGUUAUCUGUAGCAGACAUCAACGACAACCCACCUGUGUUUGAGGAACAGUCGUACAGUGCAUAUGUGACUGAAAAUAAUAAACCUGGCUCCACUUUAUGUUCAGUUACUGCUCGAGACCCCGACUGGAGACAAAACGGUACAGUGAAUUAUUCUCUGUUAGCUGGUGAGGUGAACGGAGCCCCGGUGUCUUCCUAUGUAUCUGUUAAUGGAGACACGGGGGUGAUCCACGCUGUGAGGUCGUUUGAUUUUGAACAGUUCAGGAGUUUUAAAGUCCACGUGGUGGCCAGAGACAACGGUUCUCCUCCGCUGAGCAGCAACGUGACCGUCAGUGUGUUCAUAUCGGAUGUGAAUGACAACUCCCCUCAUAUACUGUACCCCGCCGCUGAGGGCAACUCCUUCAUGACCGAGCUGCUCCCCAAAACUGCACACGGAGGAUCUCUGGUGUCCAAAGUGAUAGCGGUGGACGCGGACUCCGGACAGAACGCCUGGCUGUCCUAUCAUAUAGUGAAAUCCACUGAUCCGGGACUUUUCAGUAUUGGUGUCCACAGUGGAGAGAUCAGGACACAGCGGGACGUUUCUGAAUCUGACAGCAUGAAACAGAAUCUUAUUGUGUCAGUGAAAGAUAACGGACAGCCCUCUCUCUCUGCCACCUGUUCCAUGUAUUUACUUAUUUCUGAUAACUUGGCUGAGGUCCCAGAACUGAAGGAUAUUUCUUACGAUGAGAAGAAUUCCAAACUGACCUCUUAUCUGAUCAUAGCGCUGGUGUCUGUGUCCACGUUUUUUCUGACCUUCAUCAUCAUCCUCCUGGGUGUGAAGUUUUGUCGUAGGAGAAAGCCCAGACUGUUGUUUGAUGGUGCAGUUGCCAUCCCCAGCGCUUAUCUCCCUCCUAAUUACGCAGACGUUGACCCCACAGGAACUUUACGCAGCACUUAUAAUUAUGACGCCUACUUGACAACAGGUUCUAGAACCAGUGACUUUAAGUUCGUUUCAUCUUACAAUGACAACACUCUGCCUGCUGACCAGACUCUGAGGAAAAGUCCAUCAGACUUUGCAGAUGUGUUUGGAGAUUGUGAUCGCUCUCCUGAGGUACGCACUCAUUUGAUUUCAGUCAAUUCGUGUUUCGAGCCCUUGUUCAGUCUCGCAGUAACAAUGGGAUACAGCAGGGCUGGGCUGCACUAUGGCCUUGCGUGUAUGUUUCUUUUCCUCCACCCCGUAUAUGGAGACGUCAGCUACUCUGUUCCCGAGGAGAUGAAACGUGGAUCUGUAAUUGGAAAUAUCGCUAAAGAUCUGGGAAUUGAUUUGGGCAGACUCUCUUCUCGCAAGGCUCGCAUCGAUACGGAGGAUAACAACGUAUAUUGCGGAGUUAAUCUCAGUACCGGAGACUUGAUUGCACAAGAAAGGAUCGACAGAGAAGGGCUUUGUGGGAAAAAGGCAUCGUGUGUCUUAAAACAAGAACUUGUACUAGAAAAUCCAUUAGAACUGCACCGUAUUAACAUCCAUGUUCAAGAUAUCAAUGAUAAUUCACCGCAGUUUAAAGAAGAUUCACUAAAGAUUGAAAUUCGUGAAUCUGCGGUCAAGGGUGCACGUUUUCUUCUUGGUGAGGCACACGAUGGAGACAUCGGAGAAAAUUCUGUUCAAGGAUACUCACUUCAGCAGAAUGAUAAUUUUAAAUUAAAUGUUAACACUAAAUCUGGUGGACGAAAGUACUGCGAAUUAGUCUUAGACAAAGAAUUAGACAGAGAAGAUAAAAAAGAGAUGAUGCUCUUGCUUACCGCAUUUGAUGGUGGCUCUCCUCAGAGAUCAGGCACUGUAGUCAUUCACGUCACUGUAUUGGAUGCUAAUGAUAAUGUACCAGUGUUUAGCCAGUCCGUCUAUAAAGCCAGUCUGCCUGAAAACUCUCUUCUCGAUACUGUUGUACUCACAGUGAGUGCUACUGAUGCAGACGAGGGAGUGAAUAGUGAAAUUACCUAUGAAUUUGAUCAUGUCUCAGGUGAAGAUAGUAAUGUAUUUUCGUUACAUUCCAAAACGGGGGAGGUAAGAGUCGCUGCAGCUAUUGAUUAUGAAAAAGAGUCAUCUUAUGAAAUGCAGAUAAGCGCAAAAGAUGGUCUGGGAUUAGUUUCAUAUGCAACAUUAGUUAUUGAAGUCACUGAUGUGAAUGACAACGCACCAGUUAUUUACCUGAAAUCAUUGACUAAUCCCAUACCUGAAAAUGUGUCACCUGGUACAGAGGUGGGCAUCAUUAAUGUGCAGGACAGAGACUCUGAGAAUAACAGACAGGUCCGCUGCUCCAUUCAGCAAGGCGCCCCUUUUAAAUUAGUCCCCUCAAUUAAAAACUACUAUUCUCUGGUGACUACAGGACAACUGGACCGUGAACUAGUGUCUGAUUACAACAUUACAGUCACUGCCACUGACGAGGGCUCUCCACCUCUGUCUUCCUCUAAAACUGUUCAGUUAUCUGUAGCAGACAUCAACGACAACCCACCUGUGUUUGAGGAGCAGUCGUACAGCGCAUAUGUGACUGAAAAUAACAAACCUGGCUCCACUUUAUGUUCCGUUGUUGCUCGAGACCCCGACUGGAGACAAAACGGUACAGUGAUUUAUUCUCUGUUAGCUUGUGAAGUGAACGAAGCCCCAGUAUCCUCCUAUGUAUCUGUUAACGGAGACACGGGGGUGAUCCACGCUGUGAGGUCGUUUGAUUAUGAACAGUUCAGGAGUUUUAAAGUCCACGUGGUGGCCAGAGACAACGGUUCUCCUCCGCUGAGUAGCAACGUGACCGUCAAUGUGUUCAUAUCGGAUAUGAAUGACAACUCUCCUCAGAUACUGUACCCCGCCCUCGAGGGCAACUCCUACAUGACCGAGCUGGUCCCCAAAGCUGCACACGGAGGCUCUCUGGUGUCCAAAGUGAUAGCGGUGGACGCGGACUCCGGACAGAACGCCUGGCUGUCCUAUCAUAUAGUAAAAUCGACUGAUCCGGGACUUUUCAGUAUUGGUGUCCACAGCGGAGAGGUCAGGACACAGCGGGACAUUUCUGAAUCUGACAGCAUGAAACAGAACCUUAUUGUGGCAGUGAAAGAUAACGGACAGCCCUCUCUCUCUGCCACCUGUUCCAUUUAUUUACUUAUUUCUGAUAACUUAGCUGAGGUCCCAGAACUGAAGGAUAUUUCUUACGAUGAGAAUAAUUCCAAACUGACCUCUUAUCUGAUCAUCGCGUUGGUGUCUGUGUCCACCUUUUUUCUUACCUUCAUCAUCAUCAUCCUGGGUGUGAGGUUUUGUCGCAGGAGAAAGCCCAGGCUGUUGUUUGAUGGAGCAGUUGCCAUCCCCAGCGCUUAUCUCCCUCCUAAUUACGCAGAUGUUGACCCCACAGGAACUUUACGCAGCACUUAUAAUUAUGACGCCUACUUGACAACAGGUUCUAGAACCAGUGACUUUAAGUUCGUUUCACCUUACAAUGACAACACUCUGCCUGCUGACCAGACUCUGAGGAAAAGUCCAUCAGACUUUGCUGAAGUGUUUGGAGAUUGUGAUCGCUCUCCUGAGGUACGCACACAUUUCAUUUCAGUCAACUUGAACUUUGCGUCCUGCAAAAGUAAUUUUGGUGUUCUUUUUUGA